CAAAUCCCCCGGAGGAGUCCACUUUAAACAUCCCGACCCCAAUUUAGCAAAUAAUAACCCACUAGCUGAAGAUCCUCUUACGCUUUCUCUCUCUUCAUCAAACUGCAGCCCAGCUGAAGAUCCGCCCUCCUCUCUCUUCGUCAAACUGCAGCCCAGCUGAAGAAUCUCCCUCCUCUCUCUUUUCAUUUCCCCUUUUCUUGCACAAGACAGAAGCUAAUCGUCAAAUGUAGAGAGUAUUUUGUAAUAAUAAUCAACUUCGUUUUCUUCGGUAGUUAAUUAUUCCUUUUAAUUCUUGGUAUUUGUCUUUUUGUUGCUGCUUUUUGUGUGUGAUUUUGAUCUGAUAUAGAAUUUUUAUGAUAGUAAGUUAGGGUUUAGUUUGAGGUUUCGGGAAAUGAAUAAAGAACGGCCGCCUGAACCGCUGGAUUUCUUCAUCUGGACUGUUGAGGAUGUUGGUAUGUGGUUAGAAGAAAUAAAUCUUGGUAACUACCGUCAAGCUUUUAAGCAAAAUGGUGUUAAUGGAGAGUACUUGGAGGGAAUGUCCAUGUUUACAACCGAGCAAAUACUUAGGUUUAUUAGGCGCUGCCACAUGAAAUGGGGGGACUUUAUCACACUUUGUAAGGAAUUAAGGCGGAUAAAAGUGGCGUGUUUGAAAGGCGAGCAAAAGGUUCGUCAGCCAUGGUGGGCGCCAUCCUGUUUUUCUCCAGUGUUUGUGAAUGCAGCCAAGCGAAAUAGACAGUGUCGCGUUGUAUCACUGAAACUUGAACCAUGAUAGUGGGCGGUACAUCUUGUAUGUAUAUUUUUACAGAUUUUCGCUUGGUGAAAAAUGAUGUAAAACAAGGAAAACUUCAGCUUCUUGUCUUCCAAGUUGAGCAUCAAUGUAGCGUCAGUUCUUUGGGAAGCACUUUUCAAGGAAGUUUUCUAUAAAUGUCAAUGAUUUGUGGUUGUAUGAUUAUGUAUGUAGCUAAAGAAGGAUGAUGAUUGCAAAGCUUUUCGCUAAACGUAGAAAAUACAAUACUGGCCCUGCACUUUGUAUCUGUUCCAAUUGCACCUUACCACAGUAAUGCAUUCCCAUUAAGUG